AUGAAUGAAAAAAAUGAGAUCAUGUCAACCGCUGAUGAUUGGAUGUUGGUUGAUCGAUACAUCCAUUAUGAGGUUGUCUUUCCUAAAAUAUGGUUGAUACAAUUCCAAAAUGAUGGUGUUAACUUAAUUGAUUCCAUCAGAAUGGGAUUAUUAGAUGUCAUUGAUGAUGGUAGAAGCAUUACUGAUCUACCAAUUAUUAGAAUAGGGAACCAUACUGCUACGUUAAACCUCCGCCAUGACAUUGAAGUUUGGUGGUUUCGCGGGUCUGCAGCAAACAUUUUCCUAAAUUUAUACGAUGUUAAUGCUGAAAGCGAUGAAAAUAAUUUGAGUUUACCACCACCACCACCAUUACAACGAACAUCACCACUACUAUCGCAAGAUGUUAUGAUAUCGAUGGCUAGGCUAUUUGCCUUGGUAGAAACUUCAACAGGCAUGGCUAGAAUUAUCAGUAGGAGGUUGUUCCAACAACUAGUUGAAAAUGUUAUUGAACAGGAAUUAGAACAACAACGACAACAACAACGACAACAACGACAGCUACGAGGACGGCGACGGCGACGAUCAUCAUCAUCUUCAACUGAUUCUACUCAAUCAAGUCGACCACAACAGCGACGAGGAUGGCAACGGCGACGACAAGAACAACAGUCAUCAACUGAUUCUUCUCGAUCAAGCCGACGUAGACUGCGUUUUGGUGAAGAUGAAGAGGAGUUGAAUUCUUCACCACCACCUGUGAGACGCAGAUUAACGUCGCUACCACCACCACCACCAUCCUCACCCCAACGUGGAACAUCCAGUGGCUAUUCAGGGUUAAAUGCUCUAUAG